CGGAAUAUUUUUCAGCCUUAAAAAGGAAUGAAAUCCUGAUACAUGCUACAACAGGGAUGAACCGUAAAAACAACAUGGUAAGAGAAAUAAGCAAGACACACAAGGACAAAUACAUGAUUCCACUUAUGUGAGAUCAUGUGAGAAGGGGACCCUCUCCCUAUUCGGCUGGCAGGCCGCCAGUGCCUGACACCGCGCCUCCCCGCUGGGCACUGCCUCCUGCAGCCUGCGAAGGGGCCAGGCGGAGCGGGCGAGGGCAGGGCGCGGGCAGGGCGGGUGGGCGUCGCUGCGGCUGCCCACGACCCCCGCCAGGCCCGCCGCCCUAGCAGACCCACCUGCGCGGCGCGCCUGGAGGCGCGCGGAGCCCGGAGGGAGCGAGUCCUCGCGCUCGGGGGCGCGGCGGCGCGGCUGCUGGGCUCCGGGGGCGGUCGGACUCCGGGCAUGGCUUCGGCGGGUAGCGGCAUGGAGGAGGUGCGCGUGUCCGUGCUGACCCCGCUGAAGCUGGUCGGGCUGGUGUGCAUCUUCCUGGCGCUGUGUCUGGACCUGGGGGCCGUGCUGAGCCCCGCCUGGGUCACGGCCGACCACCAGUACUACCUGUCCCUCUGGGAGUCCUGCCGGAAGCCCGCCAGCUCGGACAUCCGGCACUGCGAGUCCACGCUCAGCAGCGCUCCUGGCCACAAUUCCUAAAAGUCUUGUAACUUUCUAAGUGAUAAGAACGCUGGAAGAAUCUUUCGUGAUAGUACUUGGAGUCCUGAAACAGCUCUGGAGUGGUAAAGGUGAGAAGAGCAUCUUUCGUUAUUCAUAACAACUUCCUUUCAAGCACACCUGAAAUUAUGACAGUGAUGUGACUUUUGGGAAGCCCCUAAUGAUAGAGGGCUGGUUGCCAGAGGGACCAGACACGUGGUUAGAGUGUUGGAGCUUUCAGCCCUUCCUCCUGCCCUUCUGAUGCAAGACAGGCUGGAGGUUGAGUUAAUCACUAAUGGCCAAUGAUGUAAUCAAUAUGCCUACGUAACGAGGCCUCCAUAAAAACCCUAAUCAAAGGGGUUCAGAAAGCUUCCAAAUUGGUCAACACCUGGGGGUGCUGGGAGGGGUGAAACACUUAAGUCAUGAAAACUGUGUCCCUUGCCCUGUGCCUCUCUUCCAUCUGGUUGAUCCUGAGUAGUAUCCUUUUAUAACAAAUUGGUAAUCCAGUAAGUGAAAUAUUUUCCUGAGUUCUAUAAGCCAUUCUAGAAAAUUAUUAUAGCUAUAGCCUAUUGAUCAGAAGCACAAAUGACAACCUAGACAUAAUCGGUACAUGAACUGGGGGACAGCCUUGUGGAAUUGACUCCUUAAUCUGUGGGAUCUGUGCUAACUCUGGGUAGUGUCCUAAUUGAAUUUUAGGACACUCAGUUGGUGUCUGGCAAGUUGGAGAAUUGGUUUGUGUGGGAUAAAAACCCACACAUUUUUUUUCCUUUUUAAAAAGUUUUGAUAUUGUUAAUGUACAAUUACUUGAACAACAUUAUGGUUACUAGACUCCCCCUAUUUUCAAGUCCACCUCACAUACCCCAUUACAGUCACUGUCCAUCAGCAUAGUAAGAUGCUAUAGAAUCAUUAAUUGUCUUCUCUGUAUAUACUGCUUUCCCGUGUGCCACCCCUGCUACAUUAUGUGUGCUAUUCGUAAUGCCCCCUUUUCCCCCUUCUCCCUCCCUUCCCACCCAUCCUCCCCAGUCCCUUUCCCUUUGGUAACUGUUAGUCCAUUCUUGGGUUCUGUGACUCAGCUGCCGUUUUGUUCCUUCAGUGUUUACUUUGUUCUUAUAUUCCACAUAUAAGUGAAAUCAUUUGAUACUUGUCUUUCUCCAUCUGGCUUAUUUCACUGAGCAUAAUACCCUCUAGCUCCAUCCAUGUUGCAAAUGGUAGGGCUUGUUUUCUUCUUAUGGCUGAGUAAUAUUCCAUUGUGUAUAUGUACCACAUCUUCUUUAUCCAUUCACCUACUGAUGGACACUUAGGUUGCUUCCAUUUCUUGGCUAUUGUAAAUAGUCCUGUGGCAAACAUAGGGGUGCAUAUGCCUUUUUGAAACUGGGCUUCUGCAUUCUUAGGGUAAAUUCCUAGGAGUGGGAUUCCUGGGUCAAAUGGUAUUUCUAUUUUGAGUUUUUUGAGGCACCUCCACACUGCUUUUCACAGUGGUUGAACUAGUUUACAUUCCCACCAGCAGUGUAGGAGGGUUCCCCUUUCUCCACAUCCUUGCCAACAUUUGUUGUUGAAAAACCCACACAUUUGUUGUCAGAAGUAUUCCCUUUAGUAAUGAUCAACUUUACACCAAUAAAUUCAACAGCAUAGUUGAAAUUAAACUGCAUGCUAAUCCAAUGUAUGGACAUAGAUAGAAAAAUCCUACAUAAAAAUACAACCGCAACAAUCCACAGUGACCAUGUUGUGUACAUGUCGGUAUCAAGGUUCACUCAAAGAGACAUAGAUACCCUGAAUAGCCCUGCAUCUACUAAAUAAAUUAAUUUUUUAGAUAAAUUCCCACAAAGAAAAUUCCAGGUACAGCUGGUUUUACUGGUGAAUUCUCCUAAAUAUUCAAGUGAGAAAUAAGCACAUUAUAAAACUCCUCUAGAAAAUUGAAGAGGGAGAAGUAUUUCCCAACAUAUCCUGUGAGGCCAGCAUUACCCUGAUACUAAAACCAGUCCAAAAAUUAUAGGGAAACUACAGAUACAGACCCGUAUCCUUUAUGAAAAUAGGGGCAAAUAUUCUUAACAAUGUGUUAGAAAACUGAAUCAAGUAACAUACAAACGAAUAGCAUAUCACAACCAAGUGGGGUUCAUACCAGGAAUGCAAGGUUAGUUCAGCAUUAGAACAUCAAUGUAAUUCAUCAUAUUAGCAGACUCAAAAUGAAAAAUCAUAUAAGUAUCUACAAUAGAUUCAUUAAAAGCAUUUGAGAAAUUCAGCAUCCAUUCCCGUUUAAAAAUACAAAAUCAGCAAAGUAGGAAUAGGAAGGAAACUUUCUCAACCUGAUAUAGGGCUUCUAUGAAAAACCAACACCUAGCAUCAUAGCUAGUGGUAGAGGAUUGAAUGAUUUCCACGCUAAGAUCAGCAAGAAGACAAGGAUGUCCUCUUUCAUCACUCUUAAUCAACAUUGAGCUGCAGGUCCUAGCUUGUGAAAUAUGGCAAGAAAAGGAUGUAAAUGACAUACAAAUUGGAAAUAAAAUUAAACUAUUUCUACUUGCAGAUAACAUAAUUGUCCACAUAGAAAAACUUGAAGUGUGUAUAAGGAAGCUACUGAAACUAAUAAAUGAGUUUUGUAAGAUCUUAGGAUGUAAGGCCAAUAUACAAAAAUCCAUCUUAUUUCUAUAUACUAGCAAUGAAACAUUGAAAAAGGAAAAAAAAAUACCAUUUAAAAUAGUACCCAAAGGGCCUACACUGAAAACUUAGGUAUAAAUCUCAUACAAUUAUGUUAAGAUCUGUGCACUGACAACUACAAAAUGCUGAUGAAAGAAAUCAAAGACUAUCAGAACAAAAGGAGAGAUACUGUGUUCAUGGAUUAGAAUAGUCAAUAUUAUUAUAUCAGUAUCACAGAGAAGGGACAUAGUGGAUCUCUGGCAACUUGCUGCACUGAUGGACAGUGACUGCAUUGGGGUAUCAGUGGGGACUUGAUAAUAUGG